AAUUUAUGUUUAUUUUUUAACCAUUUAGCUUUUAUAUAAGUUUUUAAACUGUAAAACUAUUGAUAAUAUUUAAAAACUAAUUAAUUGUGCUUUUUUUGUUUGUGAGAUUCGGAAUUUUUACCGAUUAUUUUGCCGAUUAAUUGUCCCGUAUUUGCCUAAAAUCUAAUUAAAUUUUCCUUUAACUUAAAGUGAAACCUAACGGAAAAAAAACUUUCCGUUUAUGUUCGACAUAAACAUCCGUUCAAUUUGAAACUAAUCCCGCAUUCCAACUCCAAAGUUGAUAGUUAGCAUGGUCCCGGGAACAACUCUGACCCAUCGGCGUACCUUUUACCUCACAACAAUCAAUCACGUGACCAUUCUCCCACGCCGAUCUUAUAAAAACCCCUUCCUUCCCCUUCUCGGGGGUCGUUCCAGCCGAUAACUUUAAAAAUAGUGUCCUUUUUAACCAGUGAACUUUCCUAAUCAUCGAUUCAAAUAUUUAACCAGUGAACUCUCCUAAUCAGUGAACUUUCCUAACCAGUGAAUUUUUGACCAGUGAAUUUUCCUAAUUCAAAGAGUGGAUAAUUUUCCUCAGUGGAUAACAGAUCAAGAGGUAUGGAACCAAUUAUUGUAAGCUCUCUCUCGGUCUCUCCACGUUUUAGGGACGCGAACUAGAUGAUGUACUACCCGAAACUUGCUUUAAUAAAUUGUUAAUUUUUCUUAUGUUACAUCUGGCCUCCUCGUUUACUCGUAUAUCGCCUGUCGUCUCACCGACGCACUCCUCCCUCCGCCACUCGACCCAAAACAUUAAAGGCCGUUACUGCGGGAAAAAGACUCCUUUCACCCAUCCUGACCGUGAAAGGGUUUAACAACCUGUUGCCGGAUCGGGAGACCUACCCCCCCCUUUCCGGUGGUUCACAGUUAGUUUAGAUAUCUCUAAUAGCAGUGUCUUUGAUAAAGGAGUCCAGAAGUAUUAAAAUCUUGCAAUCUGGUCUGCUGGAAUCUUCAGGGCUUGCGUUUAUCCCAAGUAUCACUUGCGGCAAAAUGUGUUAUAUCUACACAAAAACAAUUUUUUCUAAAUUUACGUUUACUCUGUCACAUUGAAUUAUUUUUACAAAAUUUUAUUAUUUUUUUAGCCCAUAAAAAAUGAGUGGAACAACAAAAAAGAAAGUUCGUCAAUAUUCAGAGGAAUAUCUAAAAUAUGGAUUUAUACCAGCAGUUCACAAUGAGAGGAUGCCGUUUUGCUUGAUAUGCCAGCAAUGUUUGACAAACGAAUCUAUGAAAUUGGGUCGGCUUGAAGCACAUUUGAAGGCCAAACACAAGGACUAUAUUAAUUCAGAUUUAAGUUUCUUCAAAACAUUAAAGGAAAAGUUCGAGAAAAGGACGACAAUUACUUCAAUCUUCACGUCUAGAAAUGUAACAAAUAGUCGUAUUCAAGAGGCUAGUUACCAAAUUUCAUUGUUAAUUGCUAAAUCAGGGAAAAGCCACACAAUAGGGGAGAAUCUUAUAAAGCCCUCAAUUUCUGCUUUUAUGAAAACUGUUCUAGAAAAAGAUGACGAGGAUGUAAAAGCGAUGCCUCUCAGUAACAAUACUGUCAGCCGAAGGAUCGACGAGAUGGGCGAAGACAUUGAGAAACAACUCGUAUCGAAACUAAAAACCAGAAAUUUCUCUGUGCAGAUGGACGAGUCAACCCUAAGAGACAGUGAGGCCGUUCUUAUCACUUAUGUCAGGUAUAUUGAACGUGGACAGUUUGCAGAAGAAAUGCUUUUUUGUAAACAAUUAGAAAGCACUACCAAAUCGAGAGACAUUUACAACAUAUUCAAAUGCUACUUGGAUGACAAUGAGAUCCCCAUGAAGAAUGUUAUUUCGUGUGCUGCCGAUGGUGCCCCCAAUAUGAUGGGCAAAAAAAAUGGUUGUUUACAAUUGAUGAAAGCUGAUAAUCCAGAAAUGAUACUUAUUCACUGUGUUAUCCAUAAAGAAAACUUGGUGGCUAAAAACGUGUCUCCUAUUCUCAAUGAAGUACUCAAUGCAGUUAUCAAAUGCAUUAACUCAAUAAAAGCCAGCGCUAAAACCGAGCGCUUAUUUAAGCUAUUUUGUGAGGAACAAAAUGAAGACCACGUACGAUUGUUACUACACACUGAAGUAAGGUGGCUUUCAAAAGGGAAUUGUUUGAAACGAUUUAUUGAGUUGUUCGAUUCGCUUGAAAAGUUUUUAAUUGAUAAGCCUGAAAUGAAAUUAUUGUUGACAACAAAUGGCAAAGCAUAUGUAAGUUAUUUAGCCGAUAUCUUUGAGAAGCUAAAUUUGUUAAACAAGCAACUGCAAGGACCAAACAAAACACUGGUUGAUGCCAAAGCAAAAAUAUUUGGUUUUAUUAAGAAUUUAGAAUUAAAUCAAAAACACGUCAGCAACAAAAAUUUUGAACAGUUUCAUUGGCUUAACAAGUGUGAUGUUUCUGACUCCGCAAUACUUGAAAUUGUUAAUCAUUUAAAAAUUUUAAUUACGGAUUUUAAAGAGAGAUUUGCUGAUUUAAAAGAAAUGAAUUUUCCGACAUGGAUGGUGCAACCAGUUUUGGUGGAUUUAGCUGAUAUAUCCAAUCUGCAAUAUCAAGAAGAACUCGCGGAGUUGCAAAGUGACGAAUCUGUAAUAACUCUAUUUAAUAUUAAAGGUGCGAUGGCAUGGCUUUGCGAUGAAACAGAGGCUAAAUACCCCAAUACCACAAAAUGUGCAAGAAAACUCUUAUUACCGUUUCCAUCUUCAUAUCUAGCUGAAUGUGGCUUUAGUGCUGUGAGUGAUUUGUUGAUUAAAAAAAGAAAUCGUCUGGAUAUAACACAACGUGGAGAUUUGAGACUUAAGCUAACUAAGCUUGAACCAGAUAUAAAAUCGCUGUGUAAAAAGCAUCAAGUCCACAAAUCACAUUAAAGUAAGUUUUUAAAAUCUAUUAUUUUUUUAUUUAUUAAAAGUUUGUUUCUUUGUUUUGACAACAGUUGUAAGAAAUCGCUUUAAAAUUAUCAUUCAUAUUACUAAAAAAAACAAAAAUAAAUUUUAUAACUAAAAUU